AUGACUCGCCCGGCGACGUUAACAGCGCCAGCAGUGAACUGCACCUACGAGCCUGCACGUACCCACGCACCGAAGCGCACAUCGAUCACGAUCAGCCAGCAAGCUGAUUGGCUAGUGCGGCAGUGUGCGAUGCUGAUUGGGUGGAGUCACUGGUACCAGUCAACAAUCCCGACGGUGAGGCAUUUGUGUCUGAUCGCUGGAGCAACAGCUGUGGGUGCGGUGGCGCUGGCGGUACCGGUCUUCGCCACUGAGUUAAUCGUACAUCCUACGAAGCUGAACUGGCCGCAUCGGGGCAUGCUAUCCUCCCACGAUCAUGCCUCUUUACGGCGAGGUUAUCAGGUUUACAAGGAGGUGUGCUCUGCUUGUCACAGCAUGAAAUUCCUUGCGUACCGCCAACUCGUAGAUCAUGUUCUCACUGAGGAGGAGGCCAAGGCCGAGUGUGCUGAGAUCCUAGUGACUGACGGGCCGGACGACGAAGGCAAGAUGUUUCAACGUCCAGGUCGGCUGACGGACCUACUGCCUUCGCCCUACCCCAACCGCGAGGCCGCGCAAUUCGCCAACAACGGAGCCUUUCCACCCGACCUCACCUUUAUUGCCAAAGCACGUCAUGGCCUUGAGGACUACGUCUUUCAUCUGCUCACUGGCUAUUGUGACCCACCGCCGGGCCGGGAGCUGGAGAAGGGUCAGUACUACAAUCCCUACUUCCCAGGUGGCGCGCUGACCAUGACACCACCGCUGUACGAUGAGCAGGUGGAGUUCGCGGAUGGGACGCCAGCCAGCGUCUCGCAGAUGGCCAAGGACUUGGUGAGCUUUCUCACCUGGUCGUCAGAUCGGAAUCAUGACAAGCGCAAGCGAGUUCUCUUCAAGGCAGUCAUCGUAAUGGUCAUUGGAACCAUUCUUGCUGGUGUGUACAAACGCAAGAAGUGGGCCAACAUUCUGACCCGCAAAGUGGUCUAUAAGAACCGCCCGAUGCCGAAGGACCUCUAG